AUGACCGGACCGCCUCGCGCACCGGGCAGUGGGGCCCGUGGACGGAAGAGCCCCAGCGGCCUCCAGCGCGGCCGGCCGCCUGUGGGACGUGGAGCCCGCGUGGAGAGCGCGGCGGCACCUGCGGCAAAAGUCAGUCCCAAGCCUACCAAGGGUAUCAAGUACCGACUCAAGGAGAUUCCCGGCAAGGGCAUCGGCCUCAUCGCCACUCGUCGGAUUCGGCGCAAGGAGGUUUUUCUCACGGACCUGCCGUCGCUCUUUAUCGAUUCCCGCCUGGAAACGCUCGCGGACCAGGCUGUGGCCGACUUCGAGGAGGACAGAAAGGCGCUGUACAACUUUGGUGUGGAGAGUCUCGGCGGCAAGGACCGUGUCUUGGCGCUCUCCGGAAGCCGGAGUAGCUUUGAGGGCAUCGAUAACAUUUUCAAGUCCAACUCUUUCCUCGUGGCGACUGACGAGGGGAACCACAAUGGCCUGUUCCCAGAGGUUGCGCGCAUCAAUCACGACUGCGAGCCAAAAUAUCGCAUGGGGCCUCCCAACCGACCACCGCGCCUUCCUAACCGCCCAAAUCUUCGGCUUCAAGUGCCAAUGCGCCCUCUGCAGCCUCCCCUACGAGGAGAGCCUCCCCGCGACGGCCGCCUCCGCCGCAUGCAGGAGAUCGAGGGCCUUCUCAAGAGCGGCGACCAGUCCUACGAGGCCGCCUCCGACAUGGCGCGCGAGCUCAUCCGCCUCGCCACCGAGGAAAGGCUCGAGGGCAAGAUGCAGGAGAUCUACCUCGACCUCAUGGGCGUGUUUUACGACUUUGCCGACUACGGCAAUGCCCUGUAUUUUGCCGAGACCGCCUUGGGCUACGCUGAGGAGUUUGAGGAGCCAGAGGGCGCCACCAUCACGGGCAUCAGGACUAAUAUCAACGUCCUAAGAGGUCUUGUAGCGCAGGGCUAA